AGGAGAUCACCAAGAAAAUGACUGAUUGAUGAUUCCUGCGAGCGAGGGGACAUGGUUGUUCUCACUGAUCUUUCAGCCGAUAUCUUUUCUUUGGCACAGUGACGUGUUCGCUAGCUAGCCGAACACUCCCCAAACCAAUCCGGCCAUGGCCGUGUCUGCUGCAUCCGACCCAACAGUGGACGACAUGGCAACAAGGUUGACGAUCGAGCUCAAAGCAACAAAAGCAAUUACGCACGGGAGCUCCAACAAGACUUUGGCGGAACAUAAAAAAUCUUAUUCUUGUUGCAAACAAGAACGAUGACUGAGAAAAUCAAAACCACCAGCACUACAGUUUCGGCGCCAGGGAAGAUCCUCUUGGCAGGAGGAUACACAGUUUUGGAAUCUCCCAAUGUGGGUGUGGUUCUAGCCGUGGACAAAAAGUUUUAUUCGACCGUCGUCAAGCAUGAACCUGUCCCUUCUUCGGAUAGUGAACCUACCAAUAAAAAGCCCAAGGUGGAAGAUUCCGCCACCAUUUCGGUGCACAGUCCUCAAUUCGGUGCGACUUGGAAGUACAAUGCUAAAAUCUCGGAGCAAGGCUUGGAAUUGACUCCCGAUGCCGACAACAAAUCUACCAAUCCCUUUGUGGAAAAAUCUCUCCGAAUAACCCUUUGUUAUCUGGUGGUUUCUCAACAGCAAACCCUCUGUGACUUGGAAAUUACCAUUUUGGCCGACAAUGAUUUUUAUUCCGUCACGCCUCAUUUGAAAAAACGAGAGUGGGAAGCCACAGCGGAAAACUUGGCCAAACUACCCAAAUUCUUGCCUUGCAAUCUCUCGUCGGGUUCCUUGCAAAAGACGGGAUUGGGCAGCAGUGCGGCGUUGACAACCUCUUUGGUGGGAGCACUCGUCUUGGCCAUGACGGGUAGUUGUUCGGGAGAGGAUCUGGAUGCUGCCAUGCGUCGCAAAAUUCACAAUUUGGCGCAGAUUUGCCAUUGUCACGCGCAAGGAAAAGUAGGCAGUGGUUUUGAUGUCAGCAGUGCUUCCUACGGAUCGCAUGUGUACCAACGAUUCCCCAAGUGUCUACUCAGUGAUUUACUUCAAGAACUUGACAAGGUGGGGGACAAAAAAGCCAUGCCUCCCUCCAAGGUUGAGACACUCCAGAAACUGGUGGAUGAAAACCCGGAAAAUUUCAAGUGGCCCGUCGUACAGAAACCCUUGUCCUGGAACACGGAUCUGCUCCAAAUUAUGUUGGCUGAUGUCUCGGGAGGAUCGGAAUCGCCCUCCAUGGCACGCAAAAUAUUGAGUUGGAAGGCAGCAAGCGAUGAUGUUUCCUGCUGGACCAAUUUGCUCCAAUUUAAUCAACAAGUUGUCAAGCUUGCCGAUGAUAUUGUGGCGGCAUUGGAUGGCGCUGACAUUGGAGCCAUGACCAAGGUUUUGAGUCAGUGCAAACUCGAAGAUGGUUGGAAUAGCAGUGGCAGUGCUGACGAGAAAACUGCCAAAGUUGGGAAUGUCUUGUGUGACAUGCGAAAGACGCUCUUGGAAUGCCGCAAGAACCUGAAAUCCAUGGGAGACUUGGCAGGUGUCCCCGUUGAACCAGCCGAACAAACGGCAUUGGCGGAUGCUACCAUGGCGCUUUCGGGCGUGGUGGCGUCUCUAGUUCCCGGAGCUGGCGGUUACGAUGCAUUGGUGGUGGUCUACGUCAACACGCCAGAGGUCCGCGACAACAUUUGUGAUCUCUGGAGAAACUACAAGGCAUUGGCAGUUUGUCCGCUGGCAGUGCAAUACGCCAAGUAUGGUGAAGGUGUCAAUUACGUUGCCGAAACGCCUCCGUACAAGAUGGAGGAAUAG